AUGAUCUCUUUGGCGCCGAGCUAUCUCACAAGUCACAACUGUGUGCUCUGUACUCCAUAUGCCUCUGGAAGGCUGUAUCCAUCCUGUACAGUCUGUACUCACCUCGAACACAAGUUCACGUUUUGUCACCGAGGCAGAUCCUGUAAUGGCCAAGAUCGGUUGCACAAUUCGUCUCUCCCCCAAACCCAGGCUGGGCGUGCGAAAGCCGACCAAAAGACACCCGGAAUUCUGUUGCAACAAGAUACACGCCCCCUUCGUCCACCGAGCUGCCCAAGCCACUUGUUCCGGGCCCUCUGCUCUCUACACCCCCCCUUCCAGUGUCGAUACUCGGCCAGGAAGAAGAACAACCCCCUUGGAUCCCCCUGCGACUCGCAACUGGACGAGCACCGGAGCACAGGCAUCCUGAGCGUUUCCUGA